UGCCAUUUGAAAUGAAAUUAAAGAAAAAAAUGUUUGUCUGAUUCUGAGGUUUGAAUUCUAAAAAUCUAACAGAUUUUUAGUGACUUAUUUGUUGACAGGAAAAGCAGCAGGAGCAUAGAUUUAUAUUUAUUGCAGCAAAGGGAUAGUCUUCUUUGAGGUUUGGUAAUUUUGCAAGCAAAGGAGAGAUUUGGAUGGACAAAAGCAAGAGUUUGAAUUUGGCAAAUCUAGUGCAACUCUGCGUCACCAACAAAGAUCUUUUAGCCGGAAAGGUUCUUCAUGCUCGACUUUUCCGUCUCCGUCUUUACUCUGACACCUUUCUCUCCAACCACUUCGUCGAACUUUAUUCAAAGUGUGAUGAAAUUGCCUCCGCCCACAAUGUGUUCGAUAAUAUACCUCACAAAAAUAUCUUUUCCUGGAAUGCCAUUUUGGCUGCUUAUUGCAAAACCCGCAACUUGCAACGCGCGUGCCGUCUGUUCCUGCAAAUGCCUCAGAGGAAUACCGUCUCACUGAACACCUUAAUCAGCACAAUGGUCAGGUGUGGCUAUGAACGCCAAGCAGUGGAUACCUACGAUUCGAUGAUGCUGGAUGGAAUUAAACCCUCCCACAUAACGUUCGCCACUGUUUUUAGUGCUUGUAGUACUUUGUUGGAUGUGGACUGUGGCAGGAGAAAUCAUGGGUUUGUGGUCAAGGUUGGUCUCGAAAGUAAUAUAUAUGUUGUUAAUGCUCUUUUGUGCAUGUAUGCUAAGUGUAGGCUUAAUGUGGAUGCGCUUCGUGUUUUUAGGGACAUUCCUGAGCCUAAUGAGGUUACUUUCACCACCAUGAUUGGGGCAUUAGCUCAGACAGAUCAAUUCAAGGAAGCUUUGGAAUUGUUUAGACUCAUGUUGAGAAAAAGGGUUCCUGUUGAUUCUGUCUCCUUGUCCAGCAUAUUGGGUGUCUGUGCGAAAGGGGAAAGGGACAUCGGUCUCUGUCAUGGUCUCUCAUGUAAUGCACAAGGAAAACAAAUACACACAAUGUCAAUUAAACUGGGAUUUGAUAGAGACCUCCAUUUAUCCAACUCUUUGCUUGAUAUGUAUGCAAAAAUUGGGGAUAUGGACAGUGCUGAGAUGGUUUUUGUUAAUUUGAAUCAGCACAGUAAUGUUUCUUGGAAUAUAAUGAUAGCUGGGUAUGGAAAUAGAUGUAACAGUGAGAAAGCGGCAGAAUAUCUUCAUAGAAUGCAGUGUGAUGGAUAUGAACCAGAUGAUGUUACAUAUAUUAAUAUGCUGACAGCGUGUGUCAAGUCUGGGGAUGUAAGAAUCGGGCGUCUAAUAUUUGACUGCAUGCCAAGCCCAAAUUUGGCUUCAUGGAAUGCUAUACUCUCAGUCUAUAAUCAAAUUGCGGACCAUAGAGAGGCAAUUGAACUGUUUAGAAAAAUGCAGUUUCAAUGCCAACAUCCUGAUCGGACUACUUUGGCCAUUAUUCUCAGUUCAUGUGCUGAACUUAGACUUCUUGAGGUUGGAAAAGAGGUUCAUGCUGCAGCUCAAAAGUUUGGAUUUUAUGAUGAUGUCUACGUUGCCAGUAGCCUUAUUAAUAUGUACUCCAAGUGUGGGAAAAUGGAGUUGUGUGAGCAUGUGUUCAGUAAACUUCCUGAACUAGAUAUUGUAUGUUGGAACUCAAUGUUAACAGGGUUCUCAAUCAAUGCUCUUGAACAAGACGCCUUGUCUUUGUUCAAACAGAUGCGAUCACUUGGCUUCUUCCCAUCUGAGUUUUCUUUUGCUACCAUAGUGAGCUCUUGUGCAAAAAUUUCUUCAUUGUUUCAAGGUCAACUGUUUCAUGCUCAGAUCAUAAAAGAUGGUUUUCUAGAUGACAUAUUUGUCGGGAGUUCUCUAAUAGAAAUGUAUUGUAAAUGUGGUCAUGUGCAUGGGGCCAGAUGUUUUUUUGAUUUGAUGCCUGGUAAAAAUACCGUUACCUGGAAUGAAAUGAUACACGGUUAUGCACAAAAUGGAGAUGGUCGUAGUGCUCUAUGCCUUUAUAGUGACAUGAUUUCAUAUGGUGAGAAACCUGAUGAUAUUACUUUUGUUGCCGUUUUAACUGCUUGUAGCCACUCGUCUUUGGUUGAUGAAGGACUUGAAAUAUUCAAUGCCAUGCUGCCAAAAUUUGGAGUGGUGCCAAAGUUGGAUCAUUACACUUCCAUCAUAGAUUGUCUGAGUCGAGCAGGGAGAUUUCAUGAAGUAGAAGUCUUUUUAGAUACCAUGCCAUGUAAAGAUGAUGCAGUUGUAUGGGAGGUUGUGUUAAGUUCAUGCCGUAUUCAUGCUAACGUAACCUUAGCAAAAAGAGCUGCUGAGGAACUCUAUCGACUAGACCCCCAAAAUUCUGCUUCAUAUGUGCUUCUUGCCAACACGUACUCUUCUUUGGGAAGAUGGGAUGAUGCACGUGUUGUAAGAGAUAUGAUGAGUGAUAAAAAGGUCCUUAAGUAUCCCGGCUAUAGCAGGAGUGUGUGCAAGAAUGAUACACAAAUGAUUCUUGAAAACAAACAAUAAUCUCAUUAUGAUGGUCGUUGAAAUCAAAGCACCUCUGUAGAGACUUCGAUCAUUUAUACAAAAGGGACCUUGUGUUCUACUUGAAGAUCGAUGAUACUUCCCAUGACAAUGCUUUUAUGACUAUCAGUUGCUUAUUAAACUGGAGACUGAUGUUGUCUGAGUGACAUAUUCCCUCUGAAAGUUUUCAUGGAGAACAUCGAUCACAUGGUUUAGGAAGCUGGGACUUUGAAUUAAUAGUAUUAGAGCUUGAGGAAUCUAUUCUUGCAGGAUAUGUUAUCUUCUAGGCUAUUGUAUUAUUAGUAAUUUACACCUUUCAUGUCACUGGUGAAGGCAACUACGCUGGUGCCUGUUGUUGCGAUAGGUGGGUUGGAGGGUAUUGAUUAUAACAAGGAGACAAGUCGGUGUUUUCUUUCAUUGGCUUAAGCAUCAAACAGAAAUUAGGUGACAAAUGGGUGUAGUGGAGGGAUGAGCCAAGCAUGAAGUUGGUAUCAACAAGAGCUCUGAUGGAAUGGGUGCUCUCUAGAAUUGAAUCCAAAAUAGUUGCCAGUCAACUGCUUCCGAGGAGUUACUUGGAGGAUGAGUUAAUAGAGGUAAUGGUCCUUCAGGGAUUUCAAAUGCCUUCAGGGCACUCAAAUCCAACCACUUAAAGCCACAAGGACAGAAGAAUCGUCUGGGAGUGCGAGAGUGAACUGAAGGACAACCUCCAAAAUGCGAGAUUGACCUAAUAAUGAAUGGGUCUGAGUGAGUAAGUUUAGAAUGAGCGUGAAUAAGAGUAUGGGUUUGAGAAGGUGGCGAAGGUGGCUGGAGAAGGUAGAAAGGGAGACAAGAGAAGGUGGUCGCGAAGGUAUGUAUGUGGAGGGCCAAAUAAAACCUUAGGUUAAGAGGUGAAAUAAAAAAUAUAAUAUCUACGAAAUCUCGCAGAGGUAGUAGAUAACAUUAUUUUUUAAUUAUCUGCUUGAACCCUGUGCUUUAUUUUCUCUCUGUGUUCAAUCACGUCCUACCCAUUCCAUUUCUUUUUCAAUCACCGCUAGAAACAGAGAUUGAGAGUUUCAAUUACUGUUGAAGGCCCUGUCGCUGUGGAAGGUCCUGCCGUUUCUUCCUCCUAUGCAUCAUGUUGGACGUGAGCUGAAGCACUAAAUGAGCGCAUCGAAUCCAAAGUUGGUGAGAUUUUGAACACCGUUGGUAGAUCGAAGUCGAACAACAAAAGCAAGUGCAGGACUUUCAGGUAUAGAGCUGUUUAAACUGGCAUUAUCUUUUGCUGGAUUUGUGCAAUAUGUGAAUUUAAUUAGCAGAACUUAGAUAUACAAAUAUUGUGCAGAUGAGCUAACUUGCAUGUUCUGUUCCUAUAUGGUCUAUUAGUUAAUGUUGAAUUCAAUUAAUGGUGAUGCAACAUUUCUGCAUGGUUUGUGCGUUGUGAUGUUUACACAUUAUAGUAGUGCACUAUGCCACAUGCCCAAGUUUCUGCCUUAAUGAUAACAUGAUAAGGCUUUUCAUGAUUCUCCAAAAGACUGUGGUGGCUGUGACUUUGAUUGUGACUGCUCCAAAAAGCUUGUUUUUUUUACUUUAUCAACUUGUUUCUCUUUCUCUUUCGCUCAAGUUUAAACGGUGGCAUUAUAUAUAAAAAGACAUAAUCACAUUCUUAAAUUUAAGGAAACAAUGAUACUGUUCAAAUCUUGUUGCAGAUAUAGACCAAAACAAUCACUGCUUGAAAAUUUUUCUUGUUUUGAAAUAAGUGUUUUAAUUAAAGUGAGUGAGUUUUGUUUUGAUUAUUUGGUGUUCCAUGUUUGAAAAAUGGAAGGAAAGAAUGAAGAUAUUAAAGAGUGAAUCAUAAUGGAUGGUCUCUUUUUUUGUGCAUACCGCAAUGGUAGUAAUCGCUAACUGCCAAAAAAAGUCAAACAACCCUAUUCCAAAAUCCCCAAACCAAGUUUUCACAGCAAAAUAAAAGAGAAAAUGACCAGACCAAUAUCAUAGACUUGCAUCCACUCUACCUUCGUUCCAGAUCAUCAUCAUCAUCCUUAAGAUUCCUACAACACUACCUCAAAAUCAAUUCUCCAACACUAAUCUGCAGCUUAGGAUUAUCAACACUAAAAUAAGUAUUACUUUCUUAAUGUUGUGUUUUAUAAGAACCUCUAACCUAUAUUUAAUAAUUAUCAAAUAUAAUAUUCAUAGAAUUAAUUAGGAUUUAUCAAAUAUUACUUGAUAAUACUUAUAUGAGUAUUAUCAAGUAAUACUUAUAUAAGUAUUACUUUCUUAAUGUUAGUUGGGUUGAUAAUUGAAUCGAAAAGGAGGUGGAUGAAUAGGAAUGAAGGAAAAGAGCUCAAAUUCCUUGACCUUUGAGGGGUGAAAAGGCUAAAACCAUGUGGAGAAUUUGCUGCAACGGAAACAGGGCACAACAACAAUAACAACUACAAUGCAGGCCAAUUUUCUUUGUUCUUUGUUGAAAUGGAAAGAAAAAAAAAAUGUUUUUUAGUUGUUAUGUUGUUUACAGAGGAAAAGCUGGAGGUUGAAGGGAGUUAAGGACAUUAAGGGAAAAUUGAAAAAAGAAAAAAGAGUUUAUUUUAUAUGCUGUGUUGUUUGUCUAUAUUUGAAGAAUUUGAAGAAUGAUAUGCUCGAGUAGUUCUUUUACAUUUUUCACACAGAUUAUUGUCUUGUCUGAAAUAGAAAGCCUUUGUUUGCUGUAUAAUAAAUACACAAUGUUUAUAAGAGAUAAUGAAAAUUGUCAUUUGUGAUGUUCUUGAAAUAUUAUUAUUUCAUUUCAUAGACUUAGACACAUAAGUUUACAAUUUGAUCCUUUUGAUAUCUGAAAAACUGCUUGCAACUGGGUCAGAUAGGUUUAAAUGCAAGUGGAACGGGUAAAGGGAGGGUCCCAAUUUGCAGGGAAAAAACCUGCAACUCCUUGGGGAUUUUCCUGCUCUAGGAAGAAGAUAUAGACAAAGGAAUGAAUAUAAUGAUACUAUGAUUGAAUGAUGCUGUCUUUAUAAUAGAAAAUGUCUAAAAGAUAAAAGUUGUUUCUUCAUCUUUACAUGAAAAAAUGAGUUAGUAUCCAGUUUCCUGGCUGGGAAGAACUCGCUACACUAGUAUAGGAUAUUGGGUAUGAUAAUCCUGUUUUACUUGGGUACAAUAAUGUUCAUGGAGCUGGUGAUAUUUAUAAAACUUUACUUGUACAAGUUCUACACAGCAGUUUUAACUUUUAAUCAAUUUGAAACUUCUCCAAAACAGGAUUCUUUUGGUUCGUGAUGAUGUUAAACUUACAGCAGCCAGCUACUAGUUAUUACUACAUGGGAUGCUUAAAAAAUUCAACAGAACAAUGUUUUAUGCUGCAUAAAACUUGUAUCUACCAUUUUGGCAACUUCAAGUGUUAAACUAACCCCAAAUUGAAGUGCUUAACUUCAGAAUCACCACUCACUGUUUUGGCUAUCAUAACGUCUAAAAUUUGCAUAGCAUAACUUAAGACUCCCUGAGGUUUAUCCUCGAAAAUUCUUUAGUCCUAAGUGAUUCAAAUGUGUUUUGGUUAUUGCCUUGGUGGCCAUUAUAUACCGACAGGUAGUAGAGAUUAGGGGUGGGCAAAAUACACUGCAGUACACUGCACUGUAAAUAAUUACAAUUAACUGUAAAAUAGUUCAAGUGAAUUCAACCGAACUAAAAAAUAGUUCAAAGAACCUAAACUAAACUA